GACCGAACGUCCGCAUCGUGUAUGCCCACACGCGUUGUUGGGUAGGUGAAAUCUCGUGGGUCCCACGUGCGCGGCCACCGUAUUGUUGUCACUGUCGAUACAAUUACCGGAAGUCCGAAUCACUGUCGCGACCGAACCAGCAAACACCGGCAACCGGAACUAUCAGUUCCCGGGGGAUGGGGGUGUUCUGGGGUUUUAAUAACAUUAUCAUUAUGACGCGUCCGUGCUGCUAGGAAAGUAUACACGUACACACUUACCAUGCUGUUGUUUUGCCAAAGACCGGACCGGUAUGUGGUCAUCUGGCUGUUCCAGAUACUCACCGUCAUCUGUGCAGUAUUGACGGACGAUCCGAAUUUCGCAGAGCCUAUACCAAAUGUUACAGUGUCGCUUGGGAGGGAUGCAUCCCUUCCGUGUGUAGUCAACAAUCUCGGCACGUACAAGGUAGCAUGGAUUCACAUCGAUCGUCAAAUGAUUUUGACUAUUCAUCGUCACGUGAUAGCCCGAAUACCACGAUUUGGGAUUACGCACGAUAGUCAAAAAACGUGGCUGUUGCAUGUCAAGGGCGCGCAGCCUGAAGACAGAGGCUAUUAUAUGUGUCAAGUAAACACAAACCCCAUGAUCAGUCAAGUUGGAUACUUACAGGUGGUUGUACCACCAAAUAUCAUUGAUGAAGAAAGUUCUCCAUCUUCAGUAUCCAUCCGGGAAAAUCAAAAUCUAUCCCUUACGUGCAAAGCAGAAGGAUCACCGACGCCAAAAAUUAGUUGGAAAAGAGAAGACGGUAUUAAUAUAGCGACGGAUCGAAAAAAAAAAGCGGUGGAGAAGUUAUUCGGCGACACGUUAAACUUGACAAGAGUCAACAGAGCGGAUAUGGGUGCAUAUCUCUGUAUCGCUAGCAACGGUGUGCCUCCGUCAGUUAGCAAGYGCAUUAUACUCGACGUCGAAUUCUCACCGAUGAUAUGGGUACCGAAUCAGUUGGUCGGAGCUCCGUCGGGCACGGACGUGACGAUCGAUUGCCAGACGGAGGCGUAUCCUAAGUCGAUAAACUAUUGGUCGUUUCGUGACUCGAAAACGAUGCUGUUCCCCAGCAGAAAAUACGUGACGUCGGACACAGAGAAAAGGUAUCACAUUCACAUGCGACUUACUAUCAGAGAUCUGAGCCAAUCGGAUUUUGGCAAUUACAAGUGCAUAUCCAAGAACUCGCUAGGCGAAACCGAAGGAUCCAUCAGACUUUACGAAAUACCAAAACCUUCUUUAGCCCCAAAAAGUGCGUCCGAACUCAACCGUGCAAAUAAAGAAGGCAAUUGGGGGCCUAGCAGAUACAGCCGGUCUCAAAUCGUAAUAACCGUGGUUGGUGUGGUCACGUGUCUCACGUCCUCGCAUCACAUACCAUCAUGAACGGCUCAACAUCCUUAUAAUUUAAUAUAAUCAUAACAUUAUUAUUAUACUUUAUACUACAAUAAUA